AGUAGGUCAAGUUUUCAGUUUGUCAAGUUUUUAAUAAGACCCUUGUGGGAGCAUGGGUUACCUGCUAGUACAAAAUAUUGUUAAUAAGACAACGAGAAAUUUGUGAAAAAUAUGGAUUACAUAUUAUAUAUUUAAUGUUAAUCAACCAAAUUGACUAAGUAACCUUGACGUGUCAAACAAUUAAUAUAUGAAGAAUAUUUUGGAAAAAAAUGACAAUCCAAACUUAAAUUGAUCAUAAUAAUAAUUGGAUUUAGAUGAAUAUUCAUGUGAAUACGCUAUACUAUACUGUGGAACAUUUCAGUUAAGCAAAAUUGUGAAUUUAUUAUCACUUCGAAAAAAAUAAAAUUGAUUGUUGAUGGAAGAGACUGACCUGGUACUUCGUUUAGGCAGUACAUUGGUGCUAUGGAUUUGUAAAUGUUUGCAAUAUUUUACAAACGAGCCUAGGCUAAAUGGCAGAUUAAGAAAUGGAGGGAAAAUCAUAAAUUUAUGCUGUGGAAAAGAGAGGGCGAAUCAUCCUGUUGACGGAGUUGAAAAGGACCACGAACCAUGCCAGGACUCUUGCAAGGCUCGUACUUCGUUCGAUGCCUCCUCCUCUUCCUCCUCCUCCUCUUUCUCCUGCUCCUCCUCACGGCCCCUCCUCCAGACCCUGGAUGCCAGCAGUCUAGGUGACAUCCCAACCCAAUAUGUGGUCCCCACCCUUAAACCCUACGAGAUGCCUGUUGUAGGACUCUAUAUAGACCCCAGGGUGGUGUGUGGCUUCAGAUACAGAGUGCGGCGUAUUGAUGAUAAAAGCUACCUUUUCGGCAAACAAGCCGUGGAACUGCAGUCGAUCGGACGAGGCUACUCGCGGCGGUUGACGUUCGCCGGCGGAAAGGGUCGCCUCAACCACAACGAGAACUACUUCUGGUCCGACUCGUUCCCCUCCGGAUUCGCCUUCGAGUUGGAGGUCAUCAGUCCGGGAGAGAAGUUCACCAUUCAUGACUCCAGCAAUCUGGCUGUCGGAUUUCUCGAGAUACUCAACUGCACCAAACCACAAGAAGAGGUGGGACAAACUGUUAAGAAGAAUGGAACCAUCGAGAAGACGGUCAGAGUUCAUUUGCUGUGUAAAGUGGAGUGGUUCGACGAGAAUGGGCCAACACCUGUCAUUCCUGUGACAGGUCUGGCGAUUUGCUCCCGCUGCCGGGGUUCGGCCGAGGUCACCAAAGUGGUGUCUGUGAACAUAGGCUCGCACGCUAGGAGGGGUUUCACACUGACACCGGGCAUUGGCUCCCACAAGCGGUCCACUACUGUUAAGGGUGCUUUGGUAGGGGAUGUGCCUACUGUCUACACCGUCUUGGGGCUCGAGCCUUAUGAAUUGCCUGUUGUUGGCACAUACGUGGAUACCCGCAUCAUGCCAGGUUUCCUGUACAGAGUGCGUCCGACGGGACUGUCGCGCCGCCAUCUUUUCGAGGGGAAAGCGCUGAGACUGCAAUCGAUUGGAGCCGGUUACGGCAAGAGACUGACAUUCGCGCCCAGCCCAAAUUGUCUCAACACAAACGACAACUUCUUCUGGAGCGACUCCUAUGCUGACGGUUUGGGUUUCGAGCCAAGGGCCGUUGAGGCAGGUGCCAAAUUUGUGAUUUCCACUUGGGAUGGCCUCAAGCUGGGCAAGGCUUCAGUUUUCAGGGCAGAUGCACCUCAGUAUCAGGAGCGGGAGGAAAUUGAAAAACACUCCAAUGAAACCAUCAUUCGAAAGUUCAUCCAUGUGGAUGUGAAGUGUCAUGUGACCUUGAAUGCAAACGGAAUGGAAACAAAACAGAAAGAUGGUGAAGAAGAGGGAGACGGAGAAAACGUCCACACGAUGCGAGUGAAUGGAACCGCCAUGUUGGAAAAGUCAUCUAGAAACUCGGCAGCCAUUUUGAAAUCGAUCGAAAACAUUGGUCUGGAUUCUCAGCUUAAUGUUCUGUUUGUAAUUCAACAUGCACACUUGGUAUUCCAUCCUGCUUAAUCACAUCUAUUCAUAUUUAUAUGUUAAUUGUUUAUUACAUAAUAGCCUAUAUGAUAUUCACUUUUAUGCAUAUGAGUUAUGUGUUAAUUUAUAUAAAUAUUUGGCGCAGGAAAACAAGAAACUAUUCCAAAUUCAUUUUAGAAUAAUGUUAUUCCCACAAACAUUACUAAACUUUAAUGAGAUUCACGUUUUAAAGUCAGUACCUGAUUGACAUUGGUGUUGCUAUCCUUGUCUGUCAUCAGACAAAGCAGAUAGCGCUAUCCUUCACGGAACAGAUUAGAUUUAGGCUAUGAAGAAAUAUAAUGUUCUACCAAAUUAAUCAAUCCAAAUUAUGAAAACUCAUAUAAAAUAUCAAAUGAAGAAUUAAAUAUAUUAUUGAGAUGUGAUUGAUGAUUACUAGUAGUUCUGUGAACAGUAGACCGUUUUCUCAUCCACAAGUAUCUGAUGUCACCAGUUCUAGUUGAUUGAGUUAAGUCACAAUAAUUCACAGAUGAAUUAUAAUUCACUCUUAAAAACUGUUAUUUGUUUUCUCCAAGAUCAAAGACUCACUUAUGUUAAAAGACUCACUUAUGUUAAUAGACUCAGUUCACGUUUGAAUUUUUAUCCUAUAUGAUAAUUUAUCCAGUUCUGUGAUAAUCUUUCCAUCUGAUAAAAAUAUUUCUCAACUAUUUUAAAAUUAUUUUCUUCCAAUCAAGAAUAUUAUAAUUUCUUCAGCAUUAUUUAGUUCAUUUAGUCAUUUUCAUUUUAUUUUCAAUCACCUAUUAAAUUUGUUUUUCAAAUGUGGGAAAAUUGAUACUGAUGGGCACGCAUCAUAAAACAUAUUGAAACCCUACCUUAUAGAAAAAUACACGGCCAGACAUCUGUGUAAUUCAUGCAAUUUUUAAUCCACUUGUCAGCUGAUGAUUAUGAAUAGUUCUAUAGUCUGAUUAAUCCUAUCUUCAAAGUAGAUGAUAAAUAUAGUGAUAUCAGAGUAUGGAGGAGUUCCUUUUCUGUUCAUAUUAUCCUUAAAAUGCAAAAUUUCAAAAAAACCUUGUGUAUACAUCGACGUGCAGCUGAAAAAGGAAUAUUCCUGCCAAAUCUCAUCGAAUUCUAUCAACGCGUUUGGCCGUAAUUGCGUUACAUACAGACAGACAAAAGAAAAUCCAAGUUAAAAAAACAUAGACCUCACUACGUUCGGUCAAUUAACAGGAAUCAGCAAUUGAUAUCACAUCAGAUAUACCAGAAUAACUGCUAACCAAUAUAGAAGGCGGUAGAAACUAUUUAACAUGAAUCUCACUUUAGUAGCCUACAUUAUAAUCAAUUAAUCAGGUUUUUGGAUUUUUUAGAAAAAUUGGGGAUUCUACGGCUCUAAGAUUCUGAUGUAGCAAAUCGGGGAAUAACCAUAAGUUCAUUUUAAAUUAUGUUUCCAUGUUAAAUUAAUAGAUAAAUUAUAUUUUUAUACUUGCAAUCUCGAGAAAGCCAGCUAAGUCAAGUGUUUUGCUAACUUGGAUUAUCUGAUAAUGUAUUUGUUCUGUAAUGUAUGAGCAGCUGUUAACAAUUAAUGUUUCAAUUGAGCAGAAUUUAGAACAGCUGCCGACUCUUCAGUGCUGCAAAUGGCAACUUCCAAAAUUUCCCGUUUUCCUGCGCCACUCUGUAUAUAUUUGGGCCAGAAAAAGUGAGUGUUUGAAACAAAUCUGAACAGCUGAUGGAAAAAAUUAAAUAGGAAUUUUCAAAGUUUUUUUUAGCUUGAACUUUUGUCAUUAUCAUUCUAUGAUCGAGAUUUCUAUGAUUCUAUGAAAAAGAAAAAAGAUUCACUCUAUACUGUUAGUAUUCAUUGUAUAUAACAUCAAUGCUGACAAUUUAGAGUGAAUCACACAAAAUAUAUUUUCAACAUUUUUAUUUGCAAAAAAUAAUGAAUGAAUCAGUUCCUUGACAUUCGUUACAUUUCAUUUAUCAGUAGCCUACAUUCUAUUAGAAUAUCAUUACUGAAUUAUUUUUAUGUAUAAAUUUACUCUAGCUUGUUAGUUCUGGCGAAUCAUGGAGGUCAAUAUUUCAUUUUCAUUUUUCAAUAAAUUUAUUCUUUCACUGGUGAAAAUGUAUUUCUCACAAAAGCUGUUCUGUUUUAGCUCGAACUCAAAUGCAUUGAAAAUGGCCCUCAUAGAAAUAAUUGAUAUAAUAGCUGUAUGAAUAAUUGUGUAUGAGAGAAAUGUCUGAGAUAUAUAAGAGAAAACUAUUAAUAUUAUUUUACUCUGUAUUUAUUAUAUAUAUAUUUAUGUAUUCUCGUACAUAGAAUUAUGGCUUUAUUCCAUUAAAAUCUCUGAAGAAAUUAUUGAUAAAAAUU